AUGGCAACCGCAAUUGCAGCACCUUCUGUGGACGCAGGACCUCCCAAUGGAGCCUCCACCAACAUCACUGCCACUUCUCAAGUCACCAGCACUGUGCUGGACCACCCAGAUGGGGCAGAGAUCCGUCGUCAAGUGGAGUUCUACUUUUCCGAUGAGAAUCUCCCUACCGACAAGCACAUGUUACAGUGCUGUGGCGGGCGUGAGAACAUCCCCGUCUCCGUCAGUCGGAUCUGUGGUUUUCAAAAGAUGCGAAAAUACAAGCCCAAGUCCCUAGUUUCUGCGGCUCUUCGACUGAGCGCCUUCUUGGAAGUCUCUGCUGACGGAAAGACCAUCAAGCGCAAGGUUCCUCUAACCGGGAAGUGCAUCCUGGAUCCAGAUUACUUCGAUGCCGACGACGAUAACGACAUCGCCUAUGCCCCAGGAUCACGGAAGGCCAAGGCUCAGCAGCCCGCCCAGUACCCAGUACCACUACUCCCUCAGGCCAAGAUCAAGCACCCUGAAGGAGUGUCCAAGAACAUGCUGAAGGCUACCGGAUUUGAAAAGGCGUACAUGGAGCCUACUCUCACUCCUGACGAAGCCGCCGAGGAAGAGGAAAUGUACGCUCUAGACAAGUCGUUCGUUGAGCGCAUUGAGAUUGCCAUCCAGCGCUUUAAGCAAAAGCGUCGCAUGCAUGAGAUGUACGCACAUGUCUUUAACAAGCUCAUGCGCUUUGGUGGAGUAGAGUCCGGUCCUCGCCAGUACCAAGGAAUCUCUAAGCACGACAUGAAGGAGAUGGGUGCUGAGGAGAUUGCGAGGGCCCUCGCCAUCCACAACGUACCCUGGGACCGGUCCGAUGAGAAGCGGUGGGCUGUUGACUUUGUAGCUGUCUGCAAAGCUUUCCUAUCAUCUUGGUACCCUGCCCACUACGGCUAUGCUUCGCACGCCAUCAAGAAUGCUUGUCAAGUGCCCCGCUCUUUCUUCAGAUAUCUUCGCUUUCACCGUGUCUGCCCCGAAUUUGACGAUCAGCUUGCCACUGCGCUCCAAAUCUGUGACCAGGCCGACCGGGAGCUUCCCAAGGUCAACUCCGUAGGUCUUGCCCUACCCGGAGACUUCAACAAGUCCGCUAGCGUUGUCUUCGGUGGCGCUCAGGCCGACAUAUAUACUGGCGACAAGUCGUGGGCUGAGGACCUCAAGAAGGAAGGCCUGACUGUUUCCGAGAUCGGUAUCCGGAAGGAAGAGGCCAGGGUCAAGUUCGGUACUGGCAUCGCGGUUCUGGGCUCGGAUGCGCAGUACGAUAUGUUCGAGUCUGGAGAUCUGCAGGUUCUCAGCAGAGAGACUGCCUAUCUUGAGGUCACCGCCGUUCAACUCCCUGACGACGACACGAAGUCCGCAUAUGCAGAGCAGAGCAAGCUCUUCAAACAUAAGCUCGGCCAGCUUGAACCUCUCGGCAAGCUCCUGUGCAAGACCUGGUACACGGAUGACUGUGAUGAGUGGGACCUACCCAAGGACAACAACAAGUAUCCCAACGGCAAGCCGCGCAAAGCUGGCGACGGCAGAGAGUACGAAUUCUGGAUCGAGGAAGACAUCAUCAAGGACUGUUUCGUGGGUCUGAAGAUGGACGCCAACAUCAUGCACCUCACCGGCGGCAUGACCAUUCUCGACGACAUCAAGGAGACCAUGUGCAGCUUCUAUACCUGGAUCCCGAACGAGCUCUGGAUGGAGCGGAAGCCCAAGGAAGUGCGCUGGUUGAAGAAGGGCAUGGGUCUCGAUGAUGACGAGGAUGAGGCUGAGAUUGAUGGCUCGAACAAGGAGAGUGCGGAUAAGAUCGCUUCCGGCGACGAGUUUGACGAUGAGUAG